UCUACUGUCUUCUACUCUCUCGAGUCGUCAGUUCCGAAUCAUUUCCAGUCUGAACGUUGAUUAUUUCCAAACACGUCCAGAAAUCGAAAGCAGCUCGAAAAGUUAUCGGUAUCCCGGAUCGAAAAGAACCAAGUCCAAGGAUGCAUAGACAGCGUUCGCCCUUCACCGCGGGCCCAGGAGGAUUCGGAGCUUCUCCGUUUAACUUUAACGCAUCACAGUUUGGCGAGGGCACAGGUCAAGGAUUUAGCCAUGCUACCGAUGGCCUCAAUGGAAUGCCCUUCAUGGGCCAGCCGAGUAUUAAGCCAAUGAUGCGUUCCAUUAGUCGCCAGCGCCAGUUGGCCGAGGACGGCAAUGGUUUGGAUUCCUUGCCGCCGCUGCCCAUCAUGGCCCAGCGCCUCCUCAGCAGCGGCGGUGUGAUGGGACACGGGCGGACCGGAAAGGCGCCCUUUGUCCCCACAGCCUUUGCUCCCUACGAGGGUGAUAUAACCUUUCUAAAGGAUACACCCAAGACAGGGAGCAUGUCCAAGCCGAACCAGAGUCUGGAGUCACAGAAUUUUAUAGAGUCGCUUCGGUCAAACGAAGAGAUAGCCGCCAAGGAGACCGAUUCCGAAAGCGAUCUAUGCAUACAGAAACAGGGAGCAGACCUGAUAACCGAAUCCCGCUGGCGACGCAUCCUUGACUGCGUGCUGGAAGCUAUACCGGAGCACCGGCGUCGUCGUUGGGAAGCCUACAGUCAGAGCGCCAUUGCCAAGCAUAUGCUGUUCGUGCUGCAGUUGUUUGUCAUGCUGGUGCGUGGAGUUGUGGUCCUGGCCGCACCUUUGGGAGGUGUUAUGCGUAGCUGUCGCUUUGGAAUUUGGCGCACGAAGUCCCAGCUGCGCAGCACAAUGCGCCAAAUGCUCUGGCGCAUGGUCAAUGCCAAGGCUAACGACACCGUGGUCUUCCUCAUUGUGGUGCUGGCCACGCCUUGGCUAUUUCUUGUUAGUCUGGUGGGUUUUGCCUUUUCUCUGGCCUUCUCUUUGAAAACGGGCCUGACCCAAGGAGUGCAUCAGAUGCGCCUGCGUCUGGCCUAGAUCAGGAGCAGGCGGAGGACCAUCCACAAUGAACCCCAAUCACACAAGCUAACUCGAGCAACGGCUUUCCUGGAGAGAUACCAACCUGAACAUCGUCUAUAUAUUUUGUGUUGCAGCAACGACACAAACACACAGGCAAGGCAGGGACACUUUAUAAUACUAAGCAGACGUAAUAUGUACCAAGGAAGACUCUUGUUCAAUACUCCUCUUCAACGCUAAAGGAAAAUAGUAAAUAAAUUUCCAGUUUUUAACUCACAGAAAA